UCAAGGUAGUUGAUAAAUUGUUGUCAGUCGUUCGUUCCAUACAGAUAAAACAAAAAAAAAAAAAAAAUAAAUGAAAAUUUAAAAAAAAAAAAUUUAGCGAAGAAUAAGAAAAGAAAAGAAAAUAAAAACUCGUUGAUUUGUUCAAUCGUACUCAAAUAAAAGUUGAUAAGCGAAAAAAAAAAUUAAAGUGAACGUGUUAUAAACGCAUUUUAUUAAAUAUUAAGCGGGGAAAAAAAUGUAGAAAAUUACAUGACAAAUUAUUUAAUUAUAUAAAAAUAAUUUUGUAUUCUGAGCCUUUUAAAAUAUCAACAACAGUAUAAUCAAAUAAACAAAAAAUACGUCAUGAUUUAUGAAUGAAAUAAGAAUUUAUGAAAUUUAUUUUUAACAAAAAAGAAAAAAAUUACCAAAAAUAAAACAUCUUAUAAAUGUCAUCCUGCUUUAGAAAAUAUUUUAUUUUGUACAAGAAAUUAUUGGUAACUGGGGCAACAUAUGACGUCUUUUGUAAAACAAAAAUAUCGCCUGUACAAAUCGUUUUUGGGCUGGUCCCUUUCUAGCGACACAUCGAAUACAUAAAGUACAAAAAAAAAAACAUUUAUGAAUAAACAAAGAUUAACAAUUGAAAUCGAAAGAAAAAAAAGAGAAAAAAGCAAUAGAAUUGGAGAAAAGAGCAACAAAUCAUACAAGGAGUAUAGAAAAAAUAAGGAUUGGGACGACAAAGCGAAAACAGAAAAAGGAUUUUUUUUUUGUUCUUUUUUUUUUAUUCACCACCUAUUUUUCUUUUGAUAUUUUGUUACUCCAUAUUGGCUUUUAAAUAAUAAAAAAGAAUCUCGAUCCGCAUAAGCGGAAAUUUUUUGUAACAAAUAUUUAUAAAGAAAAACAAAUUUAAGAACGAAAAAAGUACAAAAUUCAAAAGACAAAAAAAAAGGGAAUUGCAACAAAAAAGCGCAAAAACGGCAAACACAAAAAUUUCAGCAAUAAAAUAAAAAGGUCAUACAAAUAAACAAGUAUAGUGGAGACGACAACCCUAAACAAAAUAAAAAAUAAAACAAAAUAACAAGGAGUAUAGGAUUUUUAAAAUGCAGGAUUGGUUAAAAAUAUCUUUAAUAUUAUGUUCAUAUGGAUUUUUACGUGAAAUGAGACCAUCCGAACCAUUUGUUACUGAAUUUUUAGCUGGUGAAUGGAGAAAUAUAACAGAAGAGCAAGUUAAUCGUGAUAUAUAUCCACUUGGGACAUAUUCUUAUUUAGCUCAACUUGUAAUCGUUUUCCUUGUAACAGAUAUUUUAAGGUAUAAACCAAUUAUAGUGUUGUCAGCAUGUGUUGGAAUUGUAUUAUGGGCUCUUUCACUAUGGACAUACGAUAUGUUAGGAUUACAGAUUAUACAAAUUUGUUAUGGUACAUUUAUGUCAGCUGAAGUUGCAUAUUAUACAUAUAUAUAUGCAAAAGUAAAACAAGAAAAAUAUCAAGAAGUAACUGGACAUACAAGAGCAGCAUUUUUAAUUGGAAGAUUUUUAGCAAGUGUUUUAGCACAAAUUUUAAUAUCAUAUAAUUUAAUGGAUGUACGUGAAUUAAAUUAUAUAACAUUUGGAAGUCAAAUCAUGUCAUUAUUUUUGGCAUUAAUGCUGCCAGCAGUCAAAACUAGCAUAUAUUUUUAUUCAGAUAAAAUUAUUAAUGACAACGAUAAUAACAUUCAUAACAUAGAGAAUAGUAGUACUACAACAGUAUACAAACAAAAUGGAGAAAAUAAUAUUUUACCUGAAGUUAUACAAAAUAAACAGAAUGAGAUCGUAAAAUUUUCAUGGAAAAAGGCAACAAAAUUAUUAUGGCAACAUGCUUAUACAGCCUAUACAAAUCGAACUGUUAUACAAUGGAGCAUUUGGUGGUCUUUAGCAAUGUGUGGAUAUUUACAGGUCGCCUCCUACGUUCAACUUCUUUGGAAGGAUAUUAUUGAUACAAAUUCAAUAACCAACAUUAAUAAUAAUAAUGGUCAUAAUAAUAGUUAUAAUAUUGUUGAUAACAAUAAUAUAACAAUCAUUAUAAGUCAUAAUAUAAAUUCAACAUAUUCAUAUAAUGGUGCCGUGGAAGCUGUUUUAACAUUAUUAGGUGCGGUUGGUACAUUUAUUGCUGGUAUUUUUAAUAGUGAACAUUAUCAAAAAUGGGAUCUAUGGUUAUUGGCAUUAUGUUCACUUUUUGAAGGCGGUUUUUUAAUAUUAGCUGCAAAAACUAACAGUAUUUGGGUUGCGUACGUGAUGUACGUGCUCUUUGGUGUUGUAUACUUUUUUAUGAUAACAAUUGCAAGUGCAACAGUUGCUAAAAAUUUGGCUGAAGAUAGUUUUGGAUUAAUUUUCGGUAUCAACACAUUAUUGGCACUUGCAAUACAAUCAAUUUUUACACUCAUUGUUAUAUCUGAUAAAGGUUUUAGUUUAGAUUGCCGAGGACAAUUUAUGUCUUUUGGUAUAUAUUUUAUUAUUUUAACUAUUUUAUAUAUUAUUAUUGGAGGAUUUGAUGAAAUAAGAUUAAGAAGAGAAAAAAAAACAUCAUACCAAACGAAUAAUUUAUGAAUGUUAAUUUGAAAAAUUCAUUCUUAA